AGGAGGGGAAAGAGCAAGUGUUUUUAAAGAGGGGAGAGUGGGAGCGACGGCACAGGAGUGGGAGGGUGGGAGAUUUGGAGUCAGAGAGAGAGGGAGGACAAGCGGGUGGGUGCUGUAAAAUCCGUUAACGGGGGGAGCUCUGUGCAUUUAUUAGACAUCUUGGCUGCCUGCCCAACUUGCCUCAUUGUAAGCGAGGCAUGAUCGUGAACGGGAGGCAGCCCUCUCUGCUGCCUCGGCUGCCCGGCUCCCAGACCCAGCCCGGCUCCCACCGUUGACAUGGAAAGACCUUGUGUCUAACCAGACCACCAGCAACAUGAUGCCCAAAAGGGAUCAGGAAAGAGAUCUGGAGCUGGACAAGAAGAUUGAGGCUCUCCGCAGGAAGAACGAAGCGCUCAUGAAGAGGUACAAGGAGGUGGAAGAGGACAGGAGAAAGGCAGAAGAGGAAGGAAUGGCGCUGCAGAGCCGAAAAGGAAAAGCUGAUGACCUCACCAUCACAAUCAGCAAGUCCACAGAUGAGAGUCGCAUGGUGGUAACAAAGCCUUUUGGGAGUGGGUCUCCAACUGGGACAGAACAGCAGGAGGGUGGGACUGAUAGGGUGGGAGAAGGGUCCACUCAGGGGACUGGGCGAGGCUCCAGGAAGCAGCUGACGGUCACAAUGGCUGGAAAAAAGGGUAAAAGGGUGGUGAGUGAGAGGCCAGAGAAACAACUGGGCCCCACAGAUGUCAAGAGCCCCUUGCAAGAAGGACAGACGAGGCAAGUGGAGUCAGCUGGGAGAGGAACGCAGCCGAGUAAGACGACGAAGCGGGAAUCAUCAUCGUCAGCAGCAGUAGCAGCAAAGGAGGACAUUAAACAGGGGCCGAUGAACGCAGAGGAGCAACACAAGGAUACAGAGCAACGGCAGGAGCCUGAGAGCCCGCAGCCCAGCACAGAUCUCAACAUCCCAACAUCAAGGGAGGAGCAGGAGGAGUAUCUACGGUGGAAGAAGGAACGUGAGCAGAUCGACAGGGAGAGAGUGGCACGCCACAAAAAUGCAAAGGGGCAGUGGAGACGUGCAUGGGACAUGGACAAAACCGAAAACAUGUUUUCAGACAAAUCUCUUCCUGGCAGAGACUGGGCAGCUUCAACUAGAGGAGGACGGAAUGCGAGAAGAGGUUCGAAAGCGGGUUCGAAAGGUCACGACAAGCGAGGCAAAGACAAGGCAGCUAAAAACGUGCUCGUGAUGAGCAGCAAAGCAACAGGCAAAGAUCGAUUAACUGGGAGGGCCAGGAGAUGGCAGGAUAAUGACGAUGGAGAGAAUACACAGACUACUGAAUCAACACUGGAGGAAUUCCUUGAAGAACUUGAUGCUCUAACAGAUGCUAAUGAAGGGAAUCUGAAAGAUCAAGACUCAAAAACAAAGCCAGAUCCCUUAAGUGCACCUGAAGAUUCUGAUAGCUUGAAAGAGGAUAAAGUUACUCAGAGGAAAGCGGCAACCUCAUCCCCUCGAGGACAAGAGAAGAAAGUACGUUUCUCAGAGGAACUCAUCCAGAAGGCUCCCGCUAAGCAAGCUACAACUUCUGCAGCUCUAGAAUCUAAAGGCUCUCUGAAAGCCUCCUCACCAAAACACAGUGAGGUGCAGAGGCCACAGCUGGCUUGUGUAAGUGCAGAGCAGGAUGGUAGUAGUUCCCAGGAUAAAGGAGGAGGUCUUCUUUCUCCUCCUGUUGUCCAGCAGCAGGCAUCUAAAACUGAAAGUGUUAAAAAAGUCACCAGCAGCCCAGAAGUUUGCAGCGUUACUUCUGAUGAAAAAACCAGCACCUCUCCACAUGAGAGCCCUGUCCAGCCUGUAGAAGUGUCCAAGUGCAACAGCAGCAGUACGAACACAGAAGAACUGAAAGACUCCACUCUGUCUGUCCUGAGAAUAGAUUCAGGAGAGUCACACCCAGCACACUCCACCAGCAAUGACAAGGCAAGAGAGCACGGGAAGGUUGUUUGACAUUUUUGGAGCAUCAAUCCUGAAACCAAAUUGCUAUGAUUGGAUGCUUUUUGCUUCAGUGGCCUCCAAGCUAAAAACCAACCUUUCAUUUGCAGCGCCGAGACCCUCCAACCGAAUCUAAUUUCUGACACCAGAGUAGGAAGUGUUAUUGAGCAUUUCAAAUGUUUUUACAUCUAAGCACUUUAUGAGUAUACAGGACUGUUUACUGAGACAUUCUUCAGUAUGUUAGUAAGCUGCUUGAGUGCAAUAUCUUUGAAUGUUUACAUUUGUAUGAAAAGUUAAAGGUACAUAUCCUGAGGCUAUUUAGUCAGUUCAACUUAGGUAGUCUUUGACAGUAAAUUAAGCCACAAUAAAAUAAUAGUGCCUAAUUAAGCCUUAGGAAUUAUUUUGACUAAAAUAUUAUUUAACUUCAGACACAAACCAGAGUCUUAAUAUCUAUGUUCAAUAACUGAUUGGAUGUUAUUUGUCGAGUCCUUUCAGAACAAAACCCACAACUCUCAGUGCAUCUGCAAAGUGACCUGGUUUUACAGUUUUCUGACAAGAAUGUUUUACCAAGAAAACUUGAAAAUGGGACUUGCUGGUUAUCAAAAAAAGUUUAUUUUUGUGCUAGCUUGAGAUUUCUAACCUAGGACAAAUGUAAAAAACAAAACGAAAAAAAAAACAGGAUCACCAAACUCUGACUCUCCCACCAUGGCAGCUUUAUAGGAACAGCUAUGUUCUUGAAAUGAGGUAUUAGUAAAAGGUUGUAAGCAGUUAAUGUUAGGCUAUCGAGCAUGGCACUGAGCAUCUUCAUUUGGCAUAAAUCUAGAUGAGGUGGCCAGGAGACCAAAGGUAACAGCUAGUUCAAGAGGCAGCCAGAAGCGGCUCUUAACGAAGGCUUUUGGGAAGUUGUCCAGGGCAGGAUUUGAAAAAUAAUAGUGAUUUGUCUGUUGCCCGUGUUCACUGUUGAGAAAAAGAAGAGUAUUUUAUGUGUCUAUAGCAAAGCACUUUUUUAACUCCCAAAAUGUUCUUGAUUUUUAAGAGUGGCAAACCCCACAUCCUACUUCAACUUGUGUUUUAUGUUUAAGUGGCAAUGUCAGAACUAUAUGACAAUGAACAUUUGAAAUUUCAUCAUGUUUGCCUUGGGUGUUUUAUUUUAUUUUAUAAAGCCAAGCAAUUAUUUUUAUUGGAAUUUGAUAAAUUAUGUAAAGAGAAGCUGUCUGAUAUAAAAGCAAUGGAGUGUAUAAAUCAAUUAAAUGGCAUGCACAGAUUUGGAAUGCCCCUUCAUUCCCAUCUCUUGGUGUAGUUGGAAAGUGAAUGAUGCCGGGGUGUGGAGGAAAAACAAGACAAAACAUUGCCAAAAACUAAAUGACAAUGCAGAAUGUGAAAUGUGAAAAGUAAUUACAGGCUUAUUCAGUUUUAUUAGACUGGACAGGACAUUUUAAUUCUGUUUCAUUUUUCUUCUUGGCAUCUUUUGGACUGGGUCAGUGUCUAAAGCUCUGGGAGCUUCCAGGGUUGAAGCCCUCAGUUGACAUGCAACCAUGUCCAUAUUUAUAACCAGAAAGGAAAAGGAAGAUAUAAUUUUCUUUACCUUGUUUAAACUCAGAAACAACAAGGAGAAUGAAAUGCAAACCAAACAGUAGAUAAGACUCUGAGGGUGGAGCUGCUUUCCCAUUCAAGGUCUCACACAUGUACUCUGUCUUGAUUGAAUUGCUACAGAAUAAAAUAAUUCAAUUAUUGUGGAAGUCCAGUAAACACAUUUUCAUUUUAAUUAGAAGAGAGACAUAAAAAGCAUGUGCAAUGUUAAAUUGCAGGUAUUCAUUUGUACAAUAAGACAUCCAAAGCAAAUGAUCAAAGCUCUGAAAUUUGGCUCAGCAUUAACUGAUUAUAAGGUUUUGAGACUGGAGUUUUGUAAAAAUGUUAUAUGUCUUUUUUUUUUUCAACUAACCUUGAUUUAUAUGAAAUAAAGAUGCUUAGAUAAUUAAGUAAGAUAUUAACUGCUGACAACAUUUUAAGGGAGUCACACUUUAAAAAUAUCAAAGAGUCCCUUUAAAUGCAUGUUUUAGUCUUGGUGUAAUAAGACUGAGGCAUUGUACCGUAAGUGCAUUUUUUGCUAACUAUUUUAUUCAGCAAAGGUGAAUGAAAUUGUUUUUGAAUGGUUUAUUACAACCUUCUCUCCAACUUUGCACCAAAUAUGGUAUUAUUACAAUAAUAUUUUCCCUUAAAGACAGAAGGAUUUGCUACUCUGAGUGUUGCAGGAAUUUUAUUAACACUUUGUGAAACAUAGACCUGGUAAAGCCAUUAGUUAUAAACAUUAAAAGAAACCAAGGUGUUACACAAUUUUACAAGUCAAUCUCAAUAAUUAAGUGAGAUUUAUAAUGCAGCAUAUGGCUGGCCAUAAUUCUGACCUAAAUGAAACUGACUUUGGUCACUAAAACACAUCUGUUUUUGAUAUGUUUGCUAAAACUGUUUCUUAUAAAAAGUCAAAAUUAUACUACAAUCAGAGCAACUAACUUCUGACCCUUUUUCUUGACUUGAGGUCUUGUGUGACAAACUUAUUUCAGUCAGAGCACUGUGGUUCUGCAGACACACCACUUUAAUAUUGUUCCGCCAUUUAUUCUGUAUUAUAACUUUUAUGGAAAGCUCACAUUUUUCAGAAAGCUGAUCUUAAUGAAGAAAUGACCCAGUUCUUGUGCCUUGCUCUUUGGAUUCUUCAGACUGAAGGUGUAUUUUAAAUUCAUGGUUUGCAUCAUAACUAUCACAUGCAGCUGCAGUUAUUUUAUUUAUUUGCCUUAUGUGCAGACAUCCGAAUGUUCAUUGCAAAUCAAAAAAACACUGUCUCCCCCUGUGACCAGCGUGUGCUUUUUUUGUUUGUGUUUAUUGCCUGUCAGCUGUUAUUUUUGGUAUCACAUGAUAAGAAGCCUUACAAGAACACUGUUCUCAGAAAUGUUUGCGGCUUCCAUCAGAGCUGCAGUAUAGUAAACAGUUAUAUAACCCUGAGUGGAGAAUGCAGCGGACAUGCUUUGUGAGGCUGGGAGACGAGCUCCCAGCCUCACACUAGCUUUGGAUGAAGUUACGUAAAAAAAGCUAAUAUUCUGGAAUCUGUUGUAACAGCAAGAUGGAUUCAAUCCAUUCAUGAGGACACAACAGGAGGCCUUAAUUUUCGUACUGAGAAGACGGUACUUUUCUUGCAAAGGAGCAUCUGUUUGAAAAAUAGGUGACCUUUGAUGCCUUUAAAACUCCCUGUGGGAUUCAGUGUAAAAAGACGUUUAGGGUAUACAAUCCUAGAGUAGUUAGGUGUUACAUGUCCUUGUUAGGUGCUUUCAAGGUAUUAAUUCAUGAAGUGACUAAUGUAGGAGGUCAUUAUUCACUUUGUGUGUGCAUCGCUGCCCUCUAAGUUUUCACAUGCAAAAAUAAAAUGGUUGUGACUAUUUUUAAGUAUGAGUUGUUACCACAGCUUUUUGCAGUGUGAGUCCAUGUGGGACAAGCCUUCAUGUACUGUAGGGCAAACCUAAGAAGUAAUAACAUCAAUAAAGUUUGUUUCUGUAUGUCAAAACCUUUUUAAUAUGUGCGUUGUGUUGCACUUCACACUGACAGUUGAAUAUGUGUACAUCUGAUCUAAUCUUUUGGUAUUUUGCCUAAAGUAAGAUAAAUUUCAGCCUCAAAUAAAGUUACCUUUAAUUAGUUCAGCAUUUAUGGAGUUUAUACACUUUACACUUUAGGACAAUUAAAUGUUGUCCUUCUGGAAAGUGAAGCUAGACUCCAAUCUCAAGUAUCUUUAUAUGUUUUAUACAUCUGUCUUUGGUAUUUAAAUGAAUAAUCUGGAACAAUGAUUACAGUUUUUCCAAUGCAAUGGUUCAUCUCUAGAGUCCAGUAACUUCUUUUACCUUGUGACUCAUCUGACACACCAAGACUUUUGAUUUUAACGUCUUAAUGACCUUCUGGUUUUAAGUCGUUGAUUUUAUCUGUACAGCACUUUGUUGCAGCUGUUGUUUUUAAUGUGCUUCAUAAAUAAAGUAGCAGUAAAAAAAUAAGCCAUUGAGGAACUACAGCAAACUAUAAGAGACAUCUGCCUCUUUCAGUUUUGUCUUUUACUUACCCACCUAGUAGGAGCUUGCUGGACUCCCAAUUUACUCUGUAAAUUCCACAACAAGAGAUGUUUCUGUUCAAUAAGUACAUAAAAAUGUCUAGCAAGUUCAGCAGCUCCUUAUUCUUUAUUUUUGCCCACAUCUGUGGAUCAAAAAUCCUAAGUAGUAAAUAUUUCAGAUAACACAUUUAAUUCUAUAUUUUGUGAGCAAUAGAGAUAAUUAAUGAAGCGCGUUUUUAUCAUGGUUAAAAAAAUAAUAAUUAAAGUGCUGUGGAGAAAAUUGACAGGUAAAACAGAAAAUGCAAGGCCUCAGUUUGCACAGUGAUCCCUUCAUACUGGAUGUGAUUAAUUCACUUUGCUGCAUUUGAAACACGUGGGACCUCCCAUAGGUCCCAGUUUUUUAAUUAUCGCCUCCCCAGGCUAUCUCCAUGGCAGCCUUUUGGGUGUGUGACCUUCUGUUCAUAACAGCAACCUCUCUCCUUUCAGAAGUGCAUACCUCUUUUUCUUUUACACAAUCUUGAUUAUUUCUAAUUUCAGGAAUGCAACGCCACUCAUUUGUGUGUAUGCUACUUUUAAUGCAGUUUGAGGUUAAACUAAAUAAGAUUUUCACACAUUACCCUACUGCAUGGGGGUGUUGCUGUUAUAUGGAAAUGAUUCUUGUAGGCAGUUGUAGAGGUUUGAAAUGCAGUGUAGGAUUAUGUCAGCUUUACAUUGUGUGGAAGCUUCAUAAUCUUGAUAUCCAGGACAAAAAAAGUGUUUUUCUUUUAGUCCCUCUGUGACUAUGUUAAAGCCGUGUUAGUGCAGUGCAUCGUAGGUCACAAAGAAUUCUUUCAGCUCUUUGAGCUGGUGUUGUGCGUUUUUAAAUAUUAACUGUAUUGAUGAAAAAAUGGCUAAUAAUAAGAAAUAACCCAAAUGAAAACAUAUAUGUAAUCAAGGAAACAUAAGAAUUUAGUAAUCUAACACAUGAAAGCCUUUUUCUAAAUGACAUAAUAUAUUUUAGCCAUAUAUAGCAUAUAAAAGCCAGAUCCUUCAGGUACCCGAGGUUGUUUGUGAUUAUAAAAUGUACCAGCUAAAAAUCCUUUCUUUCACGGCUCUUUACUCCUUGUUUAUCCUCUGUCAACACAAACUGUCUGCUGACAUACGUGUAUCACAUUACAUCAAUAAAGCCUCUCUCCAAACGGUC